AUGUCCGCCACAACGAAGGCCGAACCUGAAGCAGCGGCAGUUCAACGCCAGCAGAAGGUGAGAUGGUACCGGUCCACCUUCUAUAACAUGACCAUUCUUGGUCUGUGUAAUUUCGCGGCGCCAGGAAUAUGGGGCGCAAUGAACUCCCUGGGCGGCGGCGGCGCGCAAAGGCCAUACCUGGUCAAUACCGCCAAUGCAUUGACGUUCUGCCUCAUGGUUGUCUCAUGCUGGGUAUCCAGUGCGCUUGUUCACUACAUCGGAAUCAAAGGCGCCCUGAUAUUUGGAACAUUUGGGACAGAGUGGCUAGUGAUCCUGGGCGCAGCUCUCUGUGGCAUCUCCGCCGGCGUGUUUUGGAUGGCCGAAGCUGCCAUUGCAAUCGCAUAUCCUGAGCCGUGGAACCAAGGCAAGGCUCUUGGCUACUGGCUGACAUAUCGCCUCGCAGGGCAGAUUCUAGGUGGCGCGAUCAACCUGGGACUAAACGCAGAAAAAGACGAGGCCGGGAAGGUCUCGUAUACUGUGUUCUUAAUCUUUAUUGCACUGCAAGCUUCUGGUCCCCUUGUGGCCUUGUUGCUGAACCGACCACAUCAAGUAGAACGGAAGGAUGGUCAAAAGGUCGACCUGUCCAUUCUCGACGACCCCUGGAGGGAAAUUAUUCGCACAACGAGGCUGUUUUUCAGCAACAAGUUCCUUCUUAUUGUGCUGUUUAUUGGCCAGGCUGUGUUUGCUGAGGCUGUCUUUUUCACUUAUCUGUCUCUCUGGUUCUCGGUCCGGGCCAGAGCAUUGGGGUCAUUUCUAUCCGGCAUUAUCGCUGUAAUCGGUGGAAAUCUACUCGGGGGAGCGUGGUGGACGUGGGCAACAGUUCUAGUCACCAAAUUUCGACAUACUCAGCCGACGUACGACUGGUCCACCCCGGGAUUCGCGGCUGCAUUCUUGGUCUUUGUCUUCCUUACUCUAGGCUUCCAAGUAAACUACCUUUUCUUGUACUUCAUCAUUCAAAACAUUUCCACAGAUAAUAGUGAGGUUGUUCGAUAUGCGGCGCUUCUUCGAGGUACGGAAUCGGCUUGGCAAGCCGUCAGCUAUGGCUUGUCAUCCAUUACCAUCAUGGCCCAAGUUGGUGGCGUAUAUGUCAACUUUGCGUUGUGGGCUGUAUCCAUUGUGCCAGCUUGGCUCAUUGUGCGACAUUUUGGAACUAUUGCGCUCUACGGGGUGCCCCGGGUAGCAGGCGGCAUAUCGCAUAAUACGAUAAUUGAUGAGGCUGCGUACGUCGGACUCUUUGAUGCAUGUGACAAAUCCGAGGCAUUGGAGCCGGUGGCGUUUGGUGUCACUGGACACAGCGAUCAGCCUCAAAUCAGCGUGGAAACGGCGGCAUGA